AUGACAGAACUGGACGGCAGCCGUGGCCUCCAGCAUGGCCGCGAGCGUCGAUGGACAGCGCUAACGAUCCAGCCUGGCUCCAGCCUUCCCGGGUCCCUCAGCUCCUCGCAGGAUGGGAGGCUGGGCACUGGGCACCCGGCCAUGAAGGAUCACAGCGCCGCUCAGCUCAAGCCCAGCCCCUCCCCGCUCAGGGAUACCCCUGAUCAAAACCCAGCCAUGGACUCAAGACCCAGCGGCCCCAGUGGGGUUGAGGAAGGGGCCCUCUGCUCUGAGGGUCCUUCUGGGGGCCUGGCCUGUUCUUCCUCUACCUGCACCCCUCCCCCAGGACCCACCACCAAGGAGUGCCUGGGAGCAGACGCCGCCUUGGUCUUAGGGAGCCCAGAGACUGCUUUGGCUGGGCUGCCAGAGCCCAGGUCCCCCGUAAGCCCGGUCCCCACCUCCUCGGAGAACAGAAACCCCACGUUCUUGGAAGAGAUGGAUUCUAAAUCCUCCAAGCAGGCUCUCCCCGCUGCCGUGGGGAAGGAAGAGUCUGGAUUCUCCAAGGCAGAGCCUCUGUUGGUAGAAAAGAGUGAGCCUGCCGUCUCUACUCCGGGCGAUGCUUCUGGAAGGAUGGUCUCUCCACAUGCCAAGAAGGAGGAGCCUGAAUCAGUGGGAAAGGCAGAGCCUGGAUGCACCGGCGAGGUAGACCUGGUGUCUCCAAGCCACCAGGGCGGCUCUGAGUCUUUGCAAAAGGUGGGUGCUGUGUUCCCAAGCAAGGAGCAGCCUAAGCCCCCCCUAUCUUCAGGGGAGAUGGUCCCUGCUCCAACGAGGAAGGAAGAUGUCAUGUCUUUGGGGAAACACCCUGGAGAGGUGAAUCCUGCAUCCUUAGGAAGUAUCGAACACACAUGCACAGCAAAGACCCAACGCACAGCCACAGGACAGACAGGAGAUUCUGGACUCUCGGUGGAGCCUGAAUCUUCUGGAAUAGGGGAUCCUGAGCCCCCCAGAAGGGGAGAGGAUACCAAACACUUGAGAGCUGCAGCACUUCCAUCUCUGGGAAAUGCAGAAACCAGGUCCCCCACAAGAGAGGACCGUGGGUCCCUGGGAGAGGGGAGCCCCACCUCCUCAACAGAAGGACAUCUUGUACCUGUGAGGAUGACCACCGCUGGAGAGAUGGAUCCUGGGAAAGACCCCACAUCUGCCAUGAAAAGUGGGGGUUCUGGACCUUGCGGUGAGCCAGGCGCUGUCUCCUCGGGCGAGGUGGAGGGGCUGGUGUCCCCAGCAAAGCCACCCCAGCCCUCGUGUCCAGGACAGGCAGAAGAACAGGGGUGGGCAGUGGCGAAGAGGGGGACCACUGACCCCUCGGGGAACCCCGAGUUUCCUGGGAGGGCGGAGCCCACGGCAGCCCUGGGAAAUGUCACAGCGUCGUCGUCGUCGUCGUCGUCGUCGUCGUCAUCUUCUGGCAAGGCCAGGCCUGUGUCCUCGGGUCCUGGGGGACCCCGAUCCCCGGGGACAGGGGGUCCCCCGUGCGCUGUCGAGAACAUCCCAGGGCCGGAAGGGAAAGCGGAGCCCGGGGCCUCGGCCCCAUCUGGAGACCCCAGGAACGCCAAGGAAAAGGGGGGUCUCCCGCUGACCCCCGACAUCCAGGGGGACCCCACCACGGAGGAGGCGGAGAUCGGGGCUUCCGGGAAGGCCCAGCCCGAGGCCGGGGACCCUCGGGCCGCCCUGCGCCCGGGGCAGGAGCCUCCCUGA